GCUCCGUCAUCCAUCACCGCUUCAACCUCCAAUUGACCCUCGCCACGCCCUCAGACCAACCGCCGCAAUGAGGGCUGCCUUUCGGCUUCUAGCCAACGUCAAGAGCGCCCGCUUCUUGGAGCCCGGCGCACCCACCGGCCUCACUGGCCUCUCCACCCACCCGUCGCCACGGUCGACCCUCAUAUACCUCUACAGCUCGACCCUCGAAAAGCUGCAGCAGAUCCCCGAGUCCUCUAUAUACCGCCAGUCUACCGAGGCUCUCACCAAGCACCGGCUAGCCAUCGUCGAGGCGCGGAAGCCCGCGGGAUUCGACGCAUGGGUAGACAAGGUGCACUCUCAGAUUGCCGACAGUCCGCAUUCUUUCGAGGGUGUCCAGUUCACGCCGAAGGGGACACCAUAUGCUGCCACAAUCCCGGCGAAGCCUGAGGAGCGGGAUGAAAACGAGGUGGAGUGGGAUGGCGAGGAUCAAGAGACACCGAUGAGGGAGGGUCCUGGGGAGGAGAGCGCGAGGCGUAACCAGGCUGCACGCAUGGCAGGAAAGAGGCCAUUGACCCCGGAUACGGUGGUGAAGAUUGUGGCGGACCCGGAGCCGCAAUUGACGGCAGAGGAGAUCUCGGAAAUUGAGGGCGAGAUUGGAGCAGGACUGAUCGAGGAGGUCAUUCAAGUUGCGCACGGCGAGCGCUUAUUGGUAGAAAAAAUCAUUGAGUCAAAAGCAUGGGAGAGUCUGGUUGAGCCUUCGCCAGAGGGACAGUGGUCUUAUUUCGAGCGCGGGCUAACUCACACGUCGACGCAGAAACCGUAAUCGGAUCGCGUUGUACCAAUAGCUGUACAUACAUCAAUUCUAGCGUCAGGAAACUUGAACCUUAGCGUACAGUACGUGUAGUACUGGGAUGAAAUUGGGCACCUUGUUUCGCUAGCUCAUUGUGUCCGAGCAAUUUAUAUUCAUAGAUUUGAAUCCCCUUUGCACUAGCCACAGCCUUUUGAAACAGUACACGCGGCGUUAAAGCAGUAUCUUAAACUAACGUCCUAGUAAUGUAAGUAAUUUCGUGUUUUCUGGACGCCACGCCCGGACUUAUUUUGGUAAUGUCGCUCGACUUUUUCUAACUCAGCUCACGGUUCCCACCCUCGUUGCAAUGGAAUGGGAGAAGCAUUUUUCCAAAACUUCACAAACUGUUCUCCCAGAUAAGACUCUUCGAAGUCUGGUUUUAUUUCUGUACUACGAGUUGUGGUUGUUGAGUUAGGUGUGAAAACGUGGUCGAAACCUCGAAUAUACGAAAUACUCAGUUACUC